AUGGGUUUAGUGCUCUCUCUGCUCCUCUGUGUGCUCAUUCUUCUCGCUGCUGGUUCAGAAAGCCCAGCAAAAGCAACUUCAGGGAGUAAGAGUUUAUUUCCUCCCGGUGUGACGGUUCAGUCCAUUGUGGCAGGAAGCACAAGGCAGCAACAGCUGGUCACAUUGUGUCCCCUGACAGAGCCAGAAAGCAAAGGGAGAUAUUACAUCAAUAGCUCGGACUAUUCCAUUCUUAGUACCAGGAGUUCUAUUCGGCUAGAGUAUGAAGGAACAUCUUUUUCAUCAUGGAGCGUACCAGAGAGUUGUAAAGUUCAAAAUUCACAGUCUCCCACAACAAAAUUACAUUGUGCUUCAGCUGGCAUUCACACCAUAAAACCAAAUGUCGGAGGCCAAGUAAAGGAACGCCAUUUGAGUGUGGGUGAUUCUCAUAUUUGCUUCUUGUGGUAUUUUAAAGUUCUAGACAAUUUUGAAGAUUUAACCCAGACUGUCACUGUAUGGGUAUACGAUCCAGAAAGUUCCAGCAAAGAAGAGUUGCAAUGGACCGCAGAGAAACCUUCUCUUAAUUCCAAAAUACUUACCAUCUUGUUGAACACCCUGGGGCAACACCCUUACAUUAACACAGUAGUGAAGAGGAUCAGCUAUGAACCGAGUCCCUUAAGUUCUGAGGGAACCUGGAACAUUACCCUGCCAAUGACCUCAGAUGAUGCACUGAAAGAGAUACGAGGAACCAAGGUGGCUUUCCAAGACUGCUUCAUUUCCAACCUCAUAUUCCUUCUGACAUACCCGCUGAUGACCUUGUCCUCAGGCCCCACAGACUUACCGCUCACUCUGCCUGCUGGGAGUCCAGCAAUGCUGAGUGCCAGUGGUGCCUGCGUUUCCUCGUUUUCUGUCCUGGUCACUGAAGAGGAAACCUUCCAAACAAACGAUUCCUUCCAUACCUGGACCAGGAUACGAGUCCCCCCAGGUAUCCUGAGUGCCGCUGAAAGGCACAACGUCAGUGGUGUGGCCAUAUUCAAAGGUGAACUUAUUUUUAUAAUAAGUGGCUCUCUUUACAUAAAAACUGAGAGCUCUUUUAAAAAACUGAGCGUGAGAGACGGGGCUCCUGAAACCGGCAUUAUUGGCAUUACAAGAAGAAAGUGGUGUAAGAUCAGGUAUAUAUUUAAGUUUGAAAAAGAAAGAAGCACAAUGGCAGUGUGGACAAAAAGUGAAGUGUAUCUUGGAUAUUCUACAAAGACAUUUACAAGAGUACUAGAUAUCUCAGAACUGAGAGCCAUACUGAAGUUCGACAAUAAAGGCGAAAUAGAAGUGCAAUCUGUGACUUACACGUGGCACCCUCUGGAGCUCGCAGUGCUAGUGUCCUACUGUGUCUCCUGCACGACCACCAAAAAAAUUUACUUGCUGCUGUGUAACGAGGAUUCACCAAAGUGGAUCCUCCAGGACUUCCAACUAGAGGUGCCCGUGGACAGAACACUGACCCCAUAUUUCCUUUACUCGGCCCUGCCGGAUUUGAUCCUGUGGGAUGCCCACAGCAUAUACUAUUUCUACAAGAACUUCACCAUUAGUGGAAUUUUAACAGCCGAGUCAGGAGAGAUCAGUCUGUCAAGGUUAUCAGCUGGCAGCAAAAUCCACAACGUCAUUACAGAUCAUACUGGGAGUAUUUUGGUAAAAAUGGAAAAUAACGUAAUGUUCUUUUUUAAGUCUGACAUUACAGAUGGAGUCAAGCUACAUACAUGGAUAAACACAACAACAAAGACAGUGCUUUUAAUCAACCAAUUUACUAAAGCUUAUUUGUUAUCUUAUAAUAGUCAAUACGGGCCGGAGCCACAGAGAUACCCCUUAUAUCUGGAGCUACAAAGUGUAAUUUACAAAACCCAAGAACAAUGCCCAUAUGUGGCAUUUCAGCACAAUAUUUUUGGUCAGUUUUACUUUAUGGACAAGGGAGAUAGCCUGAAAUUUUGGACUCAAUUAGUCUACCCAGAAAAUAUAGGCCUCAAUAUUGUUGUAGAGCACUACGGCCCAAAUAUAUUGACCUGGACACAGGAAGUCUCCUAUGAGAUUGCCUCGGGCUUCUCCACCAAAAGUAUGUUAACAUCGUUUUCUCAGAGAACAAAUUACGAAUUAGUAGAUAAUUACUUCAAGCUACAGGAAGAGAACAUGGGUCUCGUGCUUAUUCAAUUCCGACCUAGUGAAACAUCAAAAAUGUGUCCAUUUUCCAAACAGGCGCUUGAAAUUACUGUCGGAUGUGAUGUGGAUACACACAUCAAGGUUAAAGGAUUUAGUGAUACUGAUUGUUACCGCCGUGAUUUUUCUUACGUGAUUGACAAGGAAUUUCUGAGAGAUAAACCGCUCGAAAAUUUGAAAAUAAGGUAUGAUGUGGAAGAAUUCGGCUGCCCUCAGAGACUUGAAUUCGAUGUGCCGUUUCAACCUGUAAUAGAGCUGUUUGAUGAAAAUGGCUUUGUUAAAAUAGUCCAAGCAAAUUUUAUCGUGUGGGAAAUCCAUGGCAGGGAUGACUAUACCUUUAAUAAUACUAUGAAGCAGAGUGGUUGCAUAAAUGAAGCACAGACGUUCAAGUCAAUGAUAGAGGAAAACAAGGACCUCCCACUGGAUGAAGUCUGGGGACCUCACAACUAUAGGACUUGUUUUUCUUAUGCUGUUGGGAAGCCUGGAGACCUAAACCAACCAUAUGAGAUUAUAAACUAUACUAAUAGAAACCAUUUAGUAUGGCCCAUGGACCAUUCCGGAAUGUAUGUGUUUCGUGUGAGAAUCUUGGAUCCAAACUUUAGUUUCUGCAACCUCACAGCUAUUUUUGCGAUUGAGACCUUCGGAGUGAUUCCCCGCCCAAGUUUCUACCUGGUAGCUGCCUUGAUUUUUGUCUUGAUGCUCACGUUCAUCAGUAUCCUAGCUCUGAGCUAUUUCUGGUAUGCGAAGAUUUAUAGGCAGUUUAUUUUUGAGCCACUUAACAAGCCUCCUUCAAAACAGAAGAAGAAAUAG